CGUGAACUGAUAGCAAAGCAACAACAACAGCAGCACCCCUCCGUAAAUAUAUAUAACACAUAACACUGUGUUUUUGGGGUAGUUUAGCGAAAAUGGGAGACAAACAGAGUUGUUUCUGAUUUAUUUAUUUAUUUCUGAUUUAUCUAGUUAGCUUUUUUUUGUAGUAGCCACUUCCGCUUUUGUCAAUUUUGGCAACUUCCGAGGCGACAGCAGCAGACAACUCGUUGGUGGCAACUUUUUUUUUUUAGCUUUUCAGUUGUGAGUGCUGACAUGGACCGAAUGAAUGUGCCUCCCGCGGGCCCCUUGGAGCUGCCCCUGUCCCUGCUGGAGAUGGGAUGCUCUGGCAGGUUUGAGGUCAUCACACAUCCCCUGGCUGGUCAGCCUUUACCUCCACAGAGCACGCUCCCCCACGGUCUACCUCCCACCAGCCUGAGCCUGGAGAAAGAAGUAGAGAAACAGUUUUUACAGGACCCGGCCUGGCUUCCUAUACAUGACACUGACUUUGCCUUCCAGAAGUUUCUCAAGGUGACUCAGAGAGAAGUUAACGUCGACUCUUUACUCAAAUGCACUCCGUCUACUCUUCACUCCGGUCUCUCUGUCGUCAGAGAUCCAACCACAGGCAUGCUGCUGGACUUCACAGAGGUGUUACUGGAGAACACCGGCAUGUCAGCAAAGAACUCGCUUUCAUUUCAACGACAACCUGGACCUCCGUCAGAGAGCCUCAGAGGAAGCAACACUAACUACCCUUUCCUCCCCGGAGGAAUGGAGGAGCUUAGUCUGGACCAAAUCAAGAAGAAAUCCGAGCUGGAGGAAGACAUCGACUUUGAGAAAGAUUUACUUCAAGUCCCUCCUGGGUUUAAAGCUGGGAUGGACUUCACUGACAAAAAUGCCAAGCUAGCAAAAGCAGAGGUCAAUCUCAUGUCCCUCCUGUCUACAUUUGAUUACAUCACUGAUCUACAGCCUGAGGAGAAAGAGGAAGAGGAAGCCAAAGGGAGGGAAGACGCACCCAAACUACCAAGAACAAACAGCCUCGAAGAGCUGGGCAUCAAGGACGCCGUGUCAUCCUCGUCUCCCUCAGAGAAAGGAAAAGAGGAGAAAUCAAAGCCAAAAGAAAACUCGGAGGAAAAUAAAAAGUGGGCGAUCCCUGUCAACAUUUCUUCCCCCUGUGAUGAUUUCUAUAAACGCAUCCCCAACCCAGCUUUCAAGUGGCCGUUUGAGUUGGACACGUUCCAGAAGCAGGCUGUGCUCAGGCUGGAGAACCACGACUCUGUGUUUGUGGCCGCGCACACAUCAGCUGGCAAAACAGUGGUGGCCGAGUACGCCAUCGCGCUCUCCCAGAAACACAUGACGAGGACCAUCUACACCUCUCCCAUUAAAGCCCUGUCCAAUCAGAAGUUCAGAGACUUUAAAAACACCUUCAGCGAUGUGGGACUCUUAACAGGAGAUGUCCAGCUCAGCCCUGAAUCUUCAUGUCUCAUCAUGACCACUGAGAUCCUCAGGUCUAUGCUUUACAACGGUUCAGAGGUCAUCAGAGACUUGGAGUGGGUGAUCUUUGACGAGGUUCAUUACAUCAACGAUGCUGAGAGAGGCGUCGUGUGGGAGGAGGUUUUGAUUAUGCUUCCCGAUCACGUCAGUAUCAUCCUCCUGAGCGCCACAGUGCCAAACGCUCUGGAGUUCAGUGAAUGGAUCGGUCGGAUAAAGAAGAAGCACAUUUACGUGAUCAGCACGAUGAAGAGACCCGUGCCUUUGGAGCAUUAUCUGUACACUGGAAACAGCACCAAGACUCAGAAAGAGAUGUUCCUGCUGGUGGACGCUGUGGGCAACUUCCUCACUAAAGGGUACUAUGCAGCUGUCGAUGCAAAGAAGGACCGCACCAGCAAACAUGCCCAAUCAUUUGGAACAAAAAACACAUCUCACAACACCACAGCGAGUCAGGACCGAUCGGUGUGGCUCACUCUCCUGCACUUCCUGUCCCAGAGGCAGCAGACGCCCGUCGUCGCCUUCACCUUCUCUCGGACACGCUGCGACGACAACGCCCGCUCACUCGACUCCAUGGACAUGACCACCUCUGUGGAGAAGGCUGAGAUCCACUCCUUCUUCCAGAAGAGCAUGAGUCGCCUCAGGGGAGGAGACAGACAGCUGCCUCAGAUCUUGGUCAUGAGGGAUCUGCUGAAGAGGGGGAUAGCGGUCCAUCACAGCGGGAUCCUGCCCAUACUGAAGGAGGUCAUCGAGAUGCUCUUCUCACGGGGUCUCGUGAAGGUGCUCUUUGCGACUGAGACGUUUGCGAUGGGCGUGAACAUGCCUGCUCGUACGGUGGUGUUCGACAGCAUCAGGAAACACGACGGGACGGGCUUCAGGAAUCUGCUGCCAGGUGAGUACAUUCAGAUGGCGGGCAG